AUGUUCGAAACCACGGUCGCUCUGCUAUUGCUGCUCCCUUGCAUCUCGGGACACGGCGUCCUUCAGAAGCCAGUUCCUCGUGGGUCCGGUGACGCUACGGUGGCACUCUGUGGCGAGGCUGUUACGAAGAAACUCGAUGAUGACCCCGCCGGCCCGAUCGAGAAUUCUGUCAAGGUAGCGGACGCCAAUUCCAAGUGCAACCUGUAUCAGUGCCGCGGUUACCAAUACGAAGACAACACCGACAAAGUCCAGGUGUACGCAGCUGGUGAUGUGGUGACGUUCCAUGUCGACCUUGUGGCAGCUCAUAAACCUGGUUGGGCGAAUGUCUCUGUAAUCGACCUUGCUCAGAAUAAAGCCAUCGGUAAGCCCGUCAAGGCGUGGGAUGUGUGGCCAGACAAUGUUCCUGGUGGAGGAGAUGAUGUGGACUUCAACAUUACGAUCCCAGACAGCCUUGGCUCUGCAUGCAACGCUGGUGGAAAAUGUGCCUUGCAGUGGUUCUGGUGGUCGAACAGCAAUUCUCAGACAUACGAGAGUUGUGUUGAUUUCUAUGUGAAGUAG